AUGGCUGCAUCUGGAAAGUUGUUCGUCGGAUCGAUAGAUCAGGGCACAACAAGCUCCCGAUUUCUCAUUUUUAACACAGACGGAGAAGUGGUUGUUUCGCACCAGCUUGAGUUCAAGCAGAUAUACCCGCAGCCAGGAUGGCAUGAGCAUGACCCAAAUGAGAUUGUCGAGUCUGUUAUUGCUUGUAUAGAUGGCGCCGUUGCCGAUUUCGAAACCCAAGGGCAUAAGAUUGAUUCCAUCAAAGCAAUCGGCAUCACUAACCAGCGGGAAACGACGGUAGUAUGGGAUAAGGAGACGGGCGAGCCGCUGUAUAAUGCUAUAGUCUGGACCGAUACCCGUACACAGGGCCUUGUGCGCCAGUUGAAAACCCGCCUAGGCUACAGAGAGCUGCAACCAAUCUGUGGUUUACCGCUGUCCACCUAUCCGUCCGUCGGUAAGGUGCUAUGGUUGAUCGAUAAUGUGCCUAAAGUAAAGGAGGCAUAUGACAAGGGAAAACUUGCGUUCGGCACCAUCGACACCUGGCUUAUUUAUAAGCUCAACGGCAGUACCAAAGCAGAUGUCUUUGUAACAGAUCCAUCCAACGCAUCGAGGACUAUGUUUAUGAACCUUGAGCGAGUGGAAUAUGAUGAGAGGUUGCUUGACUUCUUCCGCCUUGAUCCUUCUAAGAUCCAUCUGCCUAAGAUUGUGCAUUCUGCAGACCCAAAGGCUUAUGGCAAAUUGGCCCUCUCUGCUCUUAAAGGAUUUCCCAUCACUGGCUGUUUAGGAGAUCAAUCUGCGGCACUCGUCGGUCAAAAGGGAUUCACCCCUGGAAAAGCUAAGAACACAUAUGGCACUGGCUGCUUCCUGCUAUACAACAUUGGCGAGAAGCCGGUAGUAUCAAAGCAUGGCUUGCUAACAACCGUGGCAUUCGACUUCCGAGGUGGUGAAGAUGGAAAGCUCACAUAUGCCCUUGAAGGAAGCAUUGCUGUUGGGGGGUCGAGUGUCAAGUUUUUGGUCAACAAUUUCAAGUUCAUGGACAGCUCCAAGGAUUUGACGACCUUGGCGGAGACUGUACCAGACAACGGUGGAUGUGUGUUUGUCACAGCAUUUAGCGGGCUCUUUGCCCCGUAUUGGAUCGAUGAUGCGAGAGGAACUAUAUUUGGGAUAACGACAUAUACCCAACGAGGCCAUGUUGCCAGAGCGACCCUUGAGGCGACAUGUUUCCAGACCAAGGCAAUCCUCGAUGCCAUGGAAAAAGACAGUGGACAUAAGCUCACCGAGCUCGCUGUUGACGGAGGAAUGUGCGCUAGCGAUUUAACGAUGCAGACGCAAGCGGACUUGAUCUCUAUUCCCGUCAACCGCCCUAAGAUGCGAGAGACUACGGCACUUGGUGCCGCGAUUGCAGCUGGUAUAGCCGUCGGGGUAUGGAGCAGCAUAGAGGAGCUCCAAGAUGUCAACACAGAAGGCCAAACAACCUUUAGCCCGAGCAUUAAAAAGGAAGACGCCGACAAACGGUUCUCCCGCUGGGAAAAGGCUGUGGAAAUGUGCCGAGGUUGGGCAAACUAA